AUGAUCAUCUCGGACCUUCCGGGAGAUUUGUUAGAAGAGAUACUCUAUCGUGUUCCAGCCACGUCUGUUAAACGGUUACGAUCUGUUUGCAAACGAUGGAACCGUUUAGUCAACGAUAACAGAUUCAUAAGAAAGCUCUUGGAUAAAGCCGCAAAGCAGUUUCUGAUUCUCGACCUGAAGGAGUUUAGGGUUUUUUCGAUGAGCGUCAAUCUCCAUGGAAUUCCAUCUAUAGAGGUAAUAGAUCAGCUUAGCCUAAAUGAUUCCCAAUUAAUUUCAGCUCAAAGCAAUAUAGGUCAAGUCUCUUACUGCGACGGCUUGUUAUUAUGCACCAUCAAAGAUGACGACACUAGACGAAUCGUUGUUUGGAAUCCUUGUACUGGUCAAACCAAGUGGAUCCAUGGCGGAGAUCGUGGGAAGCAAAGCGAAUGUACCAGCAUCUAUACUCUUGGAUCCUACCAAGACAACAAAUCCGGCAAUAAUAGCUACAAAGUAUUAAGAAUGAUUUGUCAUGUCGUCCUAGAAUUGGAAAUAUGUGAUAUUAACUCUAAUUCGUGGAGGAAGAUUGACGGUCCUGGCAGCAACAUACUAUUAAAAUUCUGUAGCGUGAGUCUGAAGGGGAAGACUUACUGGUUUGGCAAAGACAGAAACAAGGAACACGUAUGCUUAGUCAGUUUUGAUUAUGAAAGAGAAAGAUUUGAACUUCUGUUUCUUGAUCCGUGUCAGUUUCCUAAUGUUCUUCUCAAAGAUGUGGCACUAUCCGUUGUUAGAGAAGAGAAACUUUCCAUGUUACUGCAACGCCCACAGGCAUUGAGGAAAGAGAUAUGGCUAACAAGUAAGAUUGAUGAGACCAAAGCAGUGUCGUGGAUCAAGGUCUUUACAGUGGAUUACCCUGAAAGUAUUAUUGGCUUCCUUAUGGGUUAUUUUUUGGUCGACGAGGAGAAGAAAGCCGUCCUCAUGUGUUGUCUGAAAUGGAACGAGCCCUGGUGCAAAGGCAUGUCCAAAUCCAUUUACGUUGUUGGGGAGAAUAAUAGAGUACUCGCAGAAUUUGGAGCAUCACAUUCUUCGCGACGUUUGUAUAAUUAUGUUCCAAGCUUGAUUCAAUUCCACUGA